UCAAGCAACAAAGCAAAAAAGUGUGAAAAAUUAGGAGGAAGAGUCAAAUUCCUGACCAAACGCUCUUCAUUGAGGGGAUUAUAUUGGCGUUCAUCCCCUAGAAAAUGUGUCAUUCCUCUUGGUGGCAGUGAAAAAGUGCUUGUGAUUUGUGUACAUAGUGGGCUGAAAAGGAGGUCAACAUGGAUGCAAGUCAGCGGUCCAGGAAUCUUACCUCAGCCGUAGUCAAGGUGCGAGGAUUCUUCCAGUUUGAGACGUCCGUGAAAUUCAUCUGCCUCAUCAUUAUCUGCGGCUACUGUCUGUCUUACUUCGAGACGGUGGCAGAUGCCCUCAUCAUGAUUCCGGGCUACUUCAUGCCACCACUCAUGAGAAUCUGGACGGCUUUCACGUUUUGUUUUGUCGAGAAGCACUUCUGGGAAGUGCUGGUGGACAUUGCCACUGUGGCUCUGUGUGGGAAGCUCAUCGAGCCUUUGUGGGGCUCUCUGGAAAUGAUGACGUUCUUCGCUGUGACUAAUUUCGGCGUGGUUAUUCUCACAACCGCAUACUACUUGUUUCUCUACGCCUGCACUAAGAAUCCCCUGAUUCUUUUCCAUGUCCACAUAUACGGCCUGGCAGGGUACAUAGCCGCUGUUUGUGUGGCUGUACAUCAAAUCAUGCCCGAUCAUCUGAUUGCUCGAACGCCCAUGGGAAAUUUCAGAAACAGAAACAUCCCGCUCACGCUCUUCAUGGUAGCAGUGCUACUGUGGCUGUUGGAUCUCCUCGAGGGGAGAUACCCCACAAUGUUCCUGGCGGGCAUCAUUACCUCGUGGAUUUACCUGAGAUUUGUUCAGCGCCAUCGGAACGGUUCUCGUGGUGACUAUUCAGAGAACUUUGCAUUUGUCCGAUUCUUCCCGAACCUUCUACAACCCUUCGUGGCAGCUGUGGUGAACCCCAUCUACUACAUUUUCCGUCGAUUAGGCAUCAUACGGCACGUACCAGUACCCCAAGAGACGUCUAACACUCUACCGCUGAGCUCUGUCAGCAUCUCAAUGAGCGGAGUUGAUCCCUAUGACAUGGAGAGAAGGCGCCAGAUCGCCCUCAAGGCCUUGAACGAGCGCCUAUCUAAGGCCACUGAUUCUAGUCGUAGCAAAACCCUACCAAAAUCCUUUCCACAGACAACGUUAAAGUCCAGCCCGGCCGUCUCCAUCAGUAUCCCCGCCACUACGUCAGCCAGUCAGGAGUCCCUCAUCAAGUUCCCCUCUGACGAACAAAAUAAAAAUCAAUUGCCUUAGUGUGAAGAAAGGAGAAGAGCUGCUGAAUGAGUGUGAAAUAGAGUGUCCUGCCGUACAGCUUGUCCUCCAUCCCAUUGGAAGGUUUUUCCGGGGCGCCAGUCUCUGUGAUCUCGUCAAGCUCAU